UGGGUUCUCCCCCCAGGGAGGCCGGCUGGGUCCGGUUCCGAGUGUCACCUACUUGGUGGGGCUGGUGGAGGGGGGAGGAAGAUGGCGUCGGAGUUGGAGACGGAGGUUCAAGCCAUUGACAGGAGCUUCCUGGAAUGUUCUGCCGAGGAGGUUGCCGUGAAAUGGCUACAAGCAACUGAUCUUCCUAAAGAAGUAUACCUGCAUCUAGCCUACUAUGUACCCAAAAUUUACUGCAGGGGUCCUAACCCUGCCCCACAAAGAGAAGACAUGGUAGCACAACAUGUACUGCUGGGACCAAUGGAAUGGUAUCUAUGUGGUGAAGAUCCUGCAUUUGGAUUUCCAAAACUUGAGCAAGCAAACAAACCUUCCCAUCUUUGUGGUCGGGUUUUUAAAGUGGGAGAACCUACAUACUCUUGCAGAGACUGUGCGGUUGAUCCAACUUGUGUGUUAUGUAUGGAGUGCUUUUUGGGAAGUAUUCAUAGAGAGCAUCGAUACAGGAUGACAACAUCAUGCGGAGGAGGUUUCUGUGAUUGUGGUGAUACUGAAGCUUGGAAAGAAGGUCCGUACUGUCAAAAGCAUGAACUUAACACAGCAGAGACAGCAGAAGAGGAGGAUCCUCUGGUGCAUUUAUCGGAAGAUAUGAUAGCAAGAGCUUAUAACAUUUUUGCUAUCAUGUUUCAAUAUGCAGUAAAUAUAUUAACAUGGGAAAAAGAAAAUGAAUUGCCACCUGGUUUAGAGACCGUCGAGAAGAGUGACACUUACUACUGCAUGCUUUUUAAUGAUGAAGUCCACACGUAUGAACAAGUUAUAUACACUCUCCAGAAAGCUGUCAACUGUACCCAGAAAGAGGCCAUUGGUUUUGCAACAACAGUAGACAGAGAUGGACGUAGAUCAGUCCGAUAUGGAGACUUCCAGUAUUGUGAUCAAGCAAAAUCAGUAAUAGUGAGAAAUACCAGUCGCCAGACAAAGCCACUGAAGGUUCAGGUUAUGCAUUCAUCUAUUGUUGCCCAUCAGAGCUUUGGUUUGAAGUUCCUGACUUGGCUUGGCAACAUUAUUGGAUAUUCAGAUGGCCUUCGUCGAAUAUUGUGUCAGGUUGGUUUACAGGAGGGACCAGAUGGUGAAAAUUCUUCUCUUGUUGAUAAACUAAUGCUGUCUGAUUCUAAACUGUGGAAAGGAGCUAGAACCAUGUACCAUCAGUUAUUCAUGAGCAGUCUACUUAUGGAUUUGAAAUACAAGAAACUUUUUGCUAUCCGGUUCGCAAGAAAUUACCGGCAGUUGCAGAGAGAUUUUAUGGAGGAUGAUCACGAGCGGGCAGUGUCGGUGACUGCUCUAUCUGUCCAACUCUUCACUGUACCUACUCUGGCUCGAAUGCUGAUAACAGAAGAAAAUCUUAUGACCACGAUCAUCAAAACUUUUAUGGACCACUUAAGGCACCGUGACAUCCAGGGCAGGUUUCAGUUUGAACGAUAUACUGCCCUUCAAGCUUUCAAAUUCAGGCGGGUUCAGAGCCUUAUUUUGGAUCUCAAGUAUGUGUUGAUAAGCAAGCCAGCUGAUUGGACAAAUGACUUGAGGCAAAAGUUUUUAGAAGGGUUUGAUGCCUUCUUAGAGUUACUAAAGUGUAUGCAGGGUAUGGAUCCAAUAACUCGUCAAGUAGGACAACAUAUCGAAAUGGAACCUGAAUGGGAAGCAGCAUUUACAUUACAGAUGAAAUUAACGCAUGUUAUUUCAAUGAUGCAGGACUGGUGUGCUUUAGAUGAAAAAGUACUUAUUGAAGCUUAUAAGAAAUGCUUGACUGUGCUGAUGCAGUGCCACAGUGGCUUUACUGAUGGUGAACAGCCUAUCGUUCUCAGUAUAUGUGGACAUUCUGUUGAGACCAUCAGAUACUGUGUUUCUCAGGAAAAAGUUAGCAUUCAUCUCCCAGUUUCUCGUUUACUUGCAGGUUUGCAUGUGUUGCUAAGCAAAAGUGAAGUGGCAUACAAGUUUCCAGAGCUUUUACCACUGAGUGAACUUAGCCCACCUUUGUUAAUAGAACACCCUCUACGAUGUCUAGUUUUAUGUGCCCAAGUGCAUGCAGGGAUGUGGAGAAGAAAUGGGUUCUCUCUUGUUAAUCAAAUCUAUUACUAUCAUAAUGUGAAAUGCAGAAGGGAGAUGUUUGACAAAGACAUAAUAAUGCUUCAGACAGGUGUGUCCAUGAUGGAUCCAAACCAUUUCCUGAUGAUAAUGCUGAGUCGCUUUGAACUUUAUCAGAUAUUUAGCACUCCAGACUACGGCAAAAGAUUUAAUACUGAAAAUACCAAUAAGGAUGUAGUUCAGCAGAAUAAUACUCUUGUAGAAGAAAUGUUAUAUCUAAUUAUAAUGAUUGUUGGAGAGAGAUUUAGUCCUGGAGUAGGGCAGGUAAAUGCUACAGAUGAAAUCAAGCGAGAAAUUAUCCAUCAGUUGAGCAUCAGACCCAUGGCCCACAGUGAAUUAGUAAAAGCAUUACCAGAAGAUGAGAACAAAGAGACUGGAAUGGAAAGUGUGAUUGAAGCUGUUGCGUGUUUCAAAAAACCUGGAUUAACAGGCAGAGGAUUGUAUGAACUAAAACCAGAAUGUACCAAGGAUUUCAAUCUCUAUUUCUAUCACUUUUCAAGGGCAGAGCAAUCUAAGGCAGAGGAAGCACAAAGAAAGCUGAAAAGACAAAACAGAGAAGAUACAGCACUUCCUCCUCCUGUUCUGCCUCCUCUCUCUCCUCUUUUUGCAAGCCUGAUUAAUAUUCUCCAGUCCGAUGUCAUGUUGUGCAUUAUGGGAACAAUACUCCAGUGGGCAGUAGAACAUAACAGCUAUGCCUGGUCAGAGUCCAUGCUGCAGAGGGUUUUGCACUUGAUUGGAAUGGCACUACAAGAAGAAAAACAACACCUAGAGAAUCUCAAUGAAGAGAAUGUUGUAACAUUUAUCUUCACUCAGAAGAUCUCAAGACCUGGUGAGGCACCCAGUAAUUCCCCUAGUAUAUUAGCUAUGCUAGAAACUUUGCAAAAUGCACCUCAUCUAGAAGUGCACAAGGACAUGAUCAGGUGGAUACUGAAGACUUUUAAUGCCAUUAAGAAACUAAGAGAGAGCUCUUCUACAAGUCCUGUGCCUGAGACUGAAGGAAAUAUUAUAGAAGAGGGUUCACGAGAUAAAGACAAAGCUGAGAGGAAGCGAAAAGCUGAGAUUGCCAGGCUGCGCAGAGAGAAGAUCAUGGCUCAGAUGUCUGAGAUGCAGCGGCACUUCAUUGAUGAGAACAAAGAACUCUUUCAGCAGACUUUAGAAGAACUAGCUACUUCAACCUCCAGAGUACUCGAUAACAGUCCUACAGUUUCAGAUACAAAGCUUACAGCUUUGGGACCAAAGCAAACUAGAGUGACUGAACGGAGACAGGUUGUUACCUGUAUAUUGUGUCAAGAAGAACAGGAGGUUAAAGUGGACAGCAGGGCUAUGGUCUUGGCAGCAUUUGUUCAGAGAUCAACUGUAUUGUCUAAAAACCGGAACAAAGUUAUUCAGGAUCCUGAAAAAUAUGACCCAUUAUUCAUGCAUCCAGAGCUGUCAUGUGGAACACACACGGGUAGCUGUGGACAUAUUAUGCACGCUCACUGUUGGCAAAGGUAUUUUGAUGCUGUUCAAGCAAAGGAGCAACGAAGACAACAGAGAUUACGAGUGCAUACAAGUUAUGAUGUAGAAAAUGGUGAAUUCCUUUGCCCUCUUUGUGAAUGUUUAAGCAACACUGUUAUUCCUCUGCUUCCUCCACCAAGAGGUUUAUUUAACAGGUUGGAUUUUUCAGACCAGCCAAAUCUAGCUCAAUGGAUGAGAACAAUAUCCCAGCAAAUCAAAGCAUUAUAUAUACUUCGCGAUGAAGAAACUGCUAAUAAUUCUUGUGGUAAUUCAGAAAAAAUGGAUGAGCUACAGCUACCUAAAGGAUUUAGGCCUGACUUCCAACCAAAGAGGCUUUAUUCUGAAAGCAUUAAAGAGAUGCUGACAACAUUUGGUACUGCAACAUAUAAAGUGGGACUGAAGGUGCAUCCCAAUGAAGAAGAUAUGCGUGUACCCAUAAUGUGCUGGGGUAGCUGUGCUUACACAAUACAGACUAUAGAACGAAUUUUAGCUGAUGAAGAUAAACCAUUAUUUGGUCAUUUACCUUGCCGACAGGAUGACUGCCUUACUUCAUUAACAAGAUUCGCAGCAGCACACUGGACAGUUUCAUCUCUUUCGGCAGUACAGGGUCACUUUUGUAGGCUCUUUGCAUCACUGGUGCCUAAUGAAAAAAGUGGAAAUCUUCCAUGCAUUCUUGAUAUUGACAUGUUUCAUUUAUUGGUAAGCUUGGUGCUCUCUUUUCCUGCCAUAUACUGUCAGGAUUUUUCAGGGGUUAGUCUUGGCACUGGAGAUCUUCACAUCUUUCAUCUUGUCACAAUGGCACACAUAGUACAAAUUUUACUUACUUCAUCAACAGAAGAAAAUGGCAUGGACCAAGAAAACCCUAAUGGUGAAGAAGAAGUAGCAGUGCUUACUUUGUAUAAAUUUCUUUGCCAGCAUACAGGAAGUGCCUUGAAAGAAAUGUCCUCAGGCUGGCAUCUGUGCAGGAGUAUAAAAGCUGGAAUUACGCCUUUCCUGAGAUGCUCUGCUUUGUUUUUCCAUUAUUUAAAUGGAGUCCCAGCACCAUCAGAAAUUCAAGUAAUUGGGGCAAGCCAAUUUGAGCAUUUAUGUAGCUAUCUUUCCCUGCCAAACAACCUCAUUUGCCUUUUUCAAGAAAAUAGCAAAAUUAUGAACACAUUAGUAGAAAGUUGGUGUAGUGACAAUGAAGUAAAAAGGUACCUGGAAGGCAAAAGACAAGCCAUAAGCUAUGCAAGAGAAUCUAACAAAUUAAUAGACCUUCCAGAUGAUUACAGCUGCCUCAUUAAUCAAGCAUCUAAUUUCUCGUGUCCAAAAUCAGGUGGUGAUAAAAGCAGAGCACCAACAUUGUGCCUUGUAUGUGGGACCAUGCUAUGUUCUCAGAGUUACUGUUGUCAAACAGAGUUAGAAGGGGAAGAUGUUGGAGCCUGUACUGCACAUACAUAUGCAUGUGGUUCUGGAGUGGGUAUAUUUCUCAGAGUACGAGAAUGUCAAGUGCUAUUUUUAGCUGGAAAAACAAAGGGCUGCUUUUAUGCUCCUCCCUAUCUUGAUGACUAUGGAGAGACGGACCAGGGACUCAGGCGUGGGAAUCCCUUACACUUGUGCAAAGAACGGUUUAAAAAGAUUCAAAAACUCUGGCAACAGCACAGUAUCACAGAAGAAAUUGGACACGCACAAGAAGCAAAUCAAACACUAGUUGGCAUUGAUUGGCAGCAUUUAUAAUUGGUUAUCAUCUGAAGACUGGAACUUUAUUUAUGAUGAUUUUUGUAACCCAGUAAGUUUUUCAAACAAAAGAGGGAUUAGGGAAAAAAAAAUUUGAGGAAAAUAAAGAGACGAUUCCAGUCCUUCUAGUUAACCUUUGUUUUCCAAUUUAUUUUGUAAAGUUCCUGGUUACAAUAACCAUGUAAACUUUUUUUCUAUGUAAGCAGGUUUUACUAGUAGUAUUAUUUGCACUGUGCUUCCUUCACAUGAAACCUCUUGGGGUAUAGAACCUGGGCAAAUGAACUUAAGUUUGUGGGACAAAAGAAUGACUCUUGGAAAUCUGACUCUGAUUUUUCUAAUGAACUACAAGAGGGGAAAAAACUGCUGAAAUGGAGACUAGAUUAAGCACAAUUAUGGAUUGUGUUUUGCCCUUUGCUAGUAAUCUGAGCCGGUUUACUUUAUUUAUUAUUCUACGUUUUAAUACUUAAACUGUGUACAUGCAAUGGAAUAAAGUAAGGAUGAAAA